GCCGGGUAUGGGCAUGAAGCCUGCUGGGUUUGUUUUUGAGGCCUCAAGGGAGUCCGGCCUGGUCAUCAUCGACAACAGCGUUGCACUUGUAGAAACCCUUAUGGACGAGAGACGGUGGUCUGACAUGUUCUCGUGCAUGAUUGCCAAGGCCACAAUCCUCGAGGAGGUUUCUACCGGCAUUGCCGGAAGCAGAAAUGGCUCGUUGCUGCUGAUGAAGGCUGAACUACAGGUGCUCUCACCUUUGGUCCCCAUCAGGGAGGUUAUAUUUCUCAUGUUUUGCAAGCAGCUGGCUGAAGGUGCCUGGGCAGUAGUGGAUGUAUCUAUUGAUGGAUUGAUGAGAGAUCAAAAUUCUGCUACAACAUCCACAGCUGCAAAUUUGAAGUGCAGGAGGCUACCUUCUGGCUGUGUCAUGCAAGACACUCCCAAUGGCUUCUGCAAGGAGUACAAGAUCUGCUCCAUAUCUGGAAUCCAUAUCAAGAUAAGUAGUCCUACUGUACUCUCUCUUUUCUGAUUGCUAGGAGUAUACUGUAUAUAUGCUGAUUGCUGUAUAUGUUGGAGAUAUGCCCUAGAGGCAAUCAUGUGAUGAUGUUAUUUCCUA